UGGAUCAUUAAUUCCAUUUAAAAUCUUAUACUGGCUCACUGGUAUUUUCAAAAAACACCAAAUACAUUAUCUGUAUUAUUUAUAAUUUGGUGUACUUUACUACGCUAUGGAUAAUAUAUUUGGGAAAGAAGAUUCUGGAAAUGAAAGCGAACAUAUAGAUAUUGAGGAGAAGGAAGGAAAGGAUAGUCCCUUGCAAAAUUCUGGGGCCAAAGAUGUAGAAUCAAUGGAUGUUGAUAAUAUACACGUUAAGGAAGAAUUUGAUGCAAUGAGUUCACAGUCUCAAUCCGAUGGAGAGGAAGUAGGAUCUAAUUUAUUAUGUACAGUAGUAGAAGAUCAAUUAGAAAUUGUGAAACAUGAAAUUGAGAAUAGAGAAGAAGAACAAACUACAGAGGAUAUAUUUGAAAAUGAUAUAUUACUGCCUCAUGUAAAUCCAACAAAUGUCAAAGAAAGGAGAGAAAGUAAAGAAAAAAGUAAAAAAGAAUUAGAAGAAGAAGAAAGAGAAAAAAUGCAAGUCCUAGUCUCAAAUUUUACGGAAGAUCAAUUAGAUAGAUAUGAAAUGUAUAGAAGGGCAGCUUUUCCAAAAGCUGCAAUAAAAAGGAUUAUGCAAACUAUAACAGGUUGUUCAGUAUCACAGAAUGUGGUCAUCGCUAUGUCUGGUAUUGCUAAAGUGUUUGUUGGAGAAAUUGUAGAAGAAGCUCUUGAUGUUAUGGAAGCUCACCAGGAAACAGGACCAUUACAACCAAAACAUUUAAGAGAAGCAGUUAGAAGAUUAAGGCUUCAAGGGCAAAUUCCAAACGGUCGUGCACAUAAAGCAUUUUUCCGACUAUAA